GACCUGACGCUACCACGUGCAGUGACAUCUUUCACGCAGUCACGCUCGAUACAUGACAACAUUAGCCUUGUCUCCCCUUGCCUACAGGAGACAUUGAUGCAGUCUGUGUCUGGUGGUCCUAGAUUAUUGUGGUCGUCUCUCCGUCGCGUAGCUGUCAUUUUCAGAGAAGGUUUAGAACCAAACAGAAGAUUGCAUUUUCUGUAUAGACAGACAAGAUCAAAACGGCAGCAUUUCCGGGUAGUCAAAACAUCAACAGCGUUACAUUUGCUACAUACGUGUCGUCUUGCGACUUUCCAUACUCCAAAACUUGUCAGAUCCGUGUCGACACUUUUGGCUAGGAAUUUCAGCACCAUGCCGGAAAAACGCGAGUUCAAACGUCUUCCAACCGAUGUUGUUCCAUCGAAUUACAACAUUCGUUUGAAACCAGAUCUAGACGCAUUUGUAUUUCAGGGUCAGGAAGAAAUAGAUGUUGAGGUGAAGGCUUCGACAGACACAGUGACUGUCAAUUCACUUGACAUCACUAUCAAUGAAGUUACCUAUGCAAGUGGAGACACGUCCGUGGCGGCCGAGGUGUCGGUGGACAAGGAAGCGGAGACCGCCACUUUCAAGUUCCCCUCAGCCCUUCAGCCAGGUAAAGGCGUGCUGAAGGUGAGCUACACAGGGGAGCUUAAUGACAAGAUGAAAGGCUUCUACCGAAGCAAGUACACCAUGCCUGAUGGGCAGGAGAGGUUUGGAGCUGUCACACAGUUUGAGGCCACAGAUGCUCGGCGGGCUUUCCCUGGCUGGGAUGAGCCAGCAGUCAAGGCUUCAUUCGACGUCACGCUUGUUGUGCCCAAGGAGAAAGUAGCUCUCAGCAAUAUGCCUGUCAAGUCUGACACCCCAGACAAGGACCCCAACUGGCGUGUGGUGGAGUAUGACAGAACGCCGGUCAUGUCCACAUACCUCCUGGCCUUCAUCGUGGGGGACUACGACUACGUGGAGGGCAAGGAUGCGGAUGGCGUCGUUCUGAGAGUCUAUACACCUGUGGGGAAGAAGGAGCAGGGCAACUUUGCUCUUGAUGUUGCUGUGAAAACGCUGCCGUUCUACAAAGAUUACUUUGGCAUUCCAUACCCUUUACCAAAGAUGGAUCUCAUAGCUAUUGCAGAUUUUGCUUCAGGUGCCAUGGAGAACUGGGGCCUGGUGACGUACAGAGAGACGGCGCUGCUGGUAGAUCCCGCCAACACCUCGGCCAGGGUGAAGCAGUGGGUGGCUCUUGUUGUUGGACACGAACUGGCACAUCAGUGGUUCGGCAACCUGGUCACAAUGGAAUGGUGGACCAACUUGUGGCUGAAUGAGGGUUUUGCGUCAUGGAUCGAGUAUCUGUGUGUGGACGAGUGUUUCCCUGAGUAUGACAUCUGGACACAGUUUGUCAACAUGGAUCUGGGCCGGGCCCUGGAGCUGGACGCCCUUCACACCAGUCACCCUAUUGAGGUCCCAGUGGGCCACCCAGCAGAGGUGGACGAGAUCUUUGAUGCCAUCUCCUACAGCAAGGGAGCCUCUGUCAUCAGGAUGCUGCACGACUACCUGGGGAACGAGGACUUCCGCAAGGGCAUGAACAAGUACCUGACCCAGCACCAGUACAAGAACACUGUCACUGAGGACCUGUGGGUGUCCCUGGGUGAAGCCAGCGGCAAACCGGUGGCCAAGAUGAUGGACACCUGGACCAAGCAGAUGGGCUUCCCUGUCAUCAAGGUGAGUGAGAGACAGGAUGGAGACAAGCGGAUUCUCACCAUCAGCCAGGAGAAGUUCUGUGCUGACGGUAAAUUACCUGCAGGUGACAAGUCCAGCUGGUUGGUGCCCAUCAGCUUCUCCACCGCCGGCAGCCCCACCACCCCUGUCAAGACCAUCAUGCUGGAGGGACAGAGUUCAGAGGUCACACUGGACAAUGUCAAGGCUGGAGAGUGGGUCAAGGUCAACACCAACACAGUGGGUGUCUACAGAGUCCAGUACACCACAGAGAUGCUGGCAGCGUUGAUCCCGGCCGUCAAGGACCGAUCCCUCCCUCCCAGAGACAGACUCGGACUACAGAAUGACUUAUUUGCACUGGCCCGAGCUGGUAUGGCGGCAUCAGAGGACGUGUUGAAGGUGGCCGAAGCAUUCAUUAACGAGGACAACUACACCGUGUGGAAUGACCUUGCCCUUAACCUGUCCAGCAUGGCCGUCCUCCUCCAGUACACGGACUGCUACGACCUCUACAAGGCCUUCGCCCGCGACCUCUUCUCCCAGGUGGCAAAGACAGUGGGCUGGGACAAGAAGGAGGGGGAAAGCCAGCUGACAGCCAUGUUGCGAGAUCUGAUCCUGACCAAGAUGGGUCGCUAUGGUGAUGAACCGACUGUAGCAGAGGCCAGGAAGAGGUUUGAGAGUCACUACAAGGGAGAUAAUGUCAUCUCACCUGAUCUCAGGGCUCCGGUGUUCAUCACAGUCUUGUCUCAAGGCAAAAGUGAAGACUUCGACAAGAUGUUGGAGCUCUACGACAAGGCCGACAUGCAGGAGGAGAAGAGUCGUAUUGGGCGAGCUCUUGGUGCAGUGAAAGACGAGGAGUUGAUAAAGCGAGUCCACGAGUUUGCUAUGACUGACAAAGUCCGUGCUCAGGACACAGUGUUUGUGCUAGCUGGGGCCACUGGCUCAGCCAAGGGGAGAGAACUCACUUGGAGCUUUGUGAAAGAGAAUUGGAAAGAAAUGCAUGAGAGAUAUCACAGCUUCCUGUUGGCCAGGCUUGUGAAGUCAUCCACAGAAAACUUUGCUACAGAGGAAAUGGCCCAGGCAGUUGAGGAAUUCUUCAAGGCCAACCCCGCCCCAGCUGCAGAAAGGACUGUGCAGCAGUCCGUGGAGAACAUCCGACUCAAUGCAAGAUGGAUGAAAGAAUCGGCAGACAAAGUUUGCCAGUUUUUAAAAAGCAGAAAAUAAAAUCUUGUCAUGUUUCCAGAUUGUGAUAAAUAAUUGUUCCUAUUUUAUGGAAAACAGCAAAACAAUUUUUACUUUAUGUAUGAAUUUGUGGUAAGUUAAAGAUAUUUUUUUACAUAUUUUUCAUGUAUUUUGUUUUUGCAAUUUAGCAACUAGUCUCAGGCCUUAAGUUUGCUGACUUCAACUUUGACUCUAGAUAGCUAAUUUAUUGUUGGGGCCAGACCACCAGCGAUCAGCUUUAUUCGACUAUUGUACAAUUCCAUCCAGUCAUUCAUAUUGCAAAUACCUCUACAGGUACAUGCUGAAAUAUAUAUGUGACAAUCCAUGAGAAUCAAGAUUUUGUAACAACUUCAGGUACAUACAGUUAACCACAAGAAGUGAUGAUGAAAUACACCAAUGCAUAUAUUGUGGAAAGAAUUUUUCUUACAAUGGACUAAUUGUCCUUGAUUAUGUUUGAUAGCUGGACAUUGGAAAUUAAAACUGAAAAAACAUUUAAUUAUGAAAUCCAUUCAGAUAAAAUUGAUUUUGCAUGAUUGUAUUUCUACUUGUAUUGAUGAAUUAUUUGUACAGCAUUACUUGUACAGCGUUAUUACAUGAUGGAGAGAGCAAAAUGCAUGGGUUAUCUAAACUUACAUUUGUGUAUUUAGCGUGCAUUGUCUUUAAAGGUCAAAGUAAUCUUGAGAGUUAGAAUCGUAGCUGUCAUUCUGUGAAUGAAAUUAUUUCCUUAUUGUUUUGGGCGGUCACGGGUGGUCUAGUCCUCUUAGUGGCGUGAUUCGCUGUGCAGAGUUGCGUCCCUUGGGCACACCAGAAACCUAUGAUUGUGGGUUCGAAUCCCAGUUCGCCCCGAUUACGUUUCUUGGUUUGUCAGCACCAUACCCGUGCUCGUGGGUUUCACUGAAGUGUUAAAUGUCUCAGACCUGCAUCACAUCAGGUUAUCCACCCAUGUUAAGCUGAUACACCGUGAUAUAAGUGGAAUACUUUUAAAAGCUACGUUAAAUCCAACUCACUCAAUCCUUACUGUUUUGAGAAUAAAUUCCCUGUAAAAGUUACAUUAAAGUUUUACUAAUUAUUACAGCAGCGACAGCAGAUUGUCUCUCCCUGAGUUCUGUUUAUUGCCCACAAUUUGAUUUUGACCAAGAAUAAGUAAACAUGGUUUAUUUGUCCACUUAGAUUUGAAGUAGGGUUCUGCUUUGUGAUAAUAAUGGCCUGGAGAUUGUGAAAUUUCAAAUACUUGACCUUCGAAUGGCAAAAUGAAUUUUGAAGCUAAGUAAAAUGAAUACAAUGUUCAAACAAUUAUGCACAGAGAAGCUCAUUGCAAUACACUGUAAUGUGACAUUUUGGUGAUUGUCAUGGUAACUAUUACUAUAACCUUGAUAUAUUAACAACACUAAGCAGUAUCGGAUAGCAAGAUGGUAAUAUUUACUAUAUUCUACUAUUUUGCAUUGUUUCGGGCGUGACUGACAGAGGCACAAACUCCAUUGAAGUACAUUAUUUACAGUUCCGAUUGUGUUGUACAAACUGUAUUACACUGUUGUAGAGUGAAACAUUGCUAAUAGAAACACAACUGUGCCAAGUGGAAUUUCUUUGAACACAUUCUGGAUCAUCAAGUCAUGGGGAAGAAAAAAUAAUUGUUAAUUUGGAGUCUACACGAUAUGCAGCUUUUGGAAGAGAGGCGGCCACAUGACGGCGAAACUGACGUUCAUGAGCUUAUGAACGACCCAAGCUCCGAUGUUCAUACAGUUUAGCCCUCACUCUAUGAAGGUUCCUACUCCAAUGAACUCACACAAAGUGAAGGUCAAUUCUUAAAUGUCUUUAUGUAUGACCUUCCCCAAAAUUGGUUUGGAAUGCUGGCUUUCAGGAGUAAAAGUGUUUAGACUAACAAGGGUUCACUGUAUGCAGUGUUAUGGUGUACAGUCUUCUAUCAUUGUGGGGACACAGUAAAAGGGAAGACAGUACUGAUUAUCAAUGGCCACUGUUGAUCUCACUGUCGGAGUCCCAUGAAGUCAAGAGUGGUAUGUAGGAAGGUGUUGUCUAUCUGUCACUUGCUUUCCGUCUAUUCAAGUUUGUAAAUUUGGAUAUUUUUGUGUGUUUAAAACGGCUAUAGCCCUUGUUAAUCAUAAUGUGACUUUACACUAUGCCAUAUCCUUAAUCAAAAUGCCAAUCUCAUAUCACAAUAGUUGAGUCCACAGACCUGGUUCUGCACGAAUUCUUUCCAGAUGUUUGAGUGUGUAGUUGCUAUCAAUAGAUGAGACCCAACAGGAGACAACGGACCUUACGGGACGUAAACUCACUUCCGUAAAAAUUGCCAUGUGUGCGGACUGUAAAAAGAUGUCAUAUUUUUCUCUCGAUAUUUCGUAAUGUGAUGUAAACAAUAUUUCAAAGCAUUUCAGCGUACAUGUCUACUUUCAAUUGAAAUUAGAUUUGUUUUGUUUGUUUGUUGUUUAACGCCGCUCUCAGCAAUAUUCCAGCAAUAUUCCAGCUAUAUGACGGCGGUCUGUAAAAUAAUCGAGUCUGGACCAGACAAUCCAGUGAUUGACAUCGUGAGCAUCGACCCACGCAAUUGGGAUCGAUGGCAUGUAUCAACCAAGUCAGCGAGUCUGACCUCCCGAUCCCGUUAGUCGCCUUUUACGACAAGCAUAGUCGCCUUUUAUGGCAAGUAUGGGUUGCUGAAGACCUAUUCUACCCCGGAAUCUUCACGGGUCAAUUGAAAUUAGACAUUAUAUCUAAACACUGCAACUAUUACAUAAACAGUCAUUAGUCUGAAAAUGGAACUUUGCAGAAAAUCAGUCCAAAUGUUUGAUGCCUUAAAUAUGAAUUAUAGCUUAUCAAUUGUAUUUUUGUCAUCCUAAGAUACUGUAGGUUUAAAAUAUAAGUGAAAAUGUAAUCUUUCACUGUAUGGUCCCUCAUCCCAUGGUCCUAUUUCUGUUCUGACAUUUUCCAGAUGAGUUCAGUGUUUCAGUCAGAUCAGCCGACACCUGUUAUUUUGUGCAUGUUUUGGGUUCAAAUGUUACGUAAAGUUCAACCAUGUAGAUGGUAUUCCAUACCACAUUUUUUUCUAAGGUUACAUUCCUGUUGAUAGAAGCAUUGUUUUAGGCGCUAUAACGCAUGGAAUCAUUAUGGCAGGCACACAAGUUUCAUGUUUUAUAAGAAAAGUUAACUUUUUGUUUAUUGCAUAUAGUGACGUUCCGAUGUAGAUUCUUACACCGUUAUCUGCCCUUUCUGUUCAUGUUGAAGCUAAUUUGAUGCUAACAAAUCAGGAGUCAUGCAUUCAUCAUGGUUAUAAAGAACAAAUGAAGUUCCUUAUCAAUAAUUUGAUGUUUUGUUAGUAUUGGUUAUAAAUAACUGAUGUUAUAACUGUUGCAAUUUUUUAUAAUGGCUUUUUGUCUGUAUGAGUAUGGAAAUAUGCUUUAAUUAUGUGUUAUAGAAAUAUCUGGUACUUUACAUGUAUUUUUGUGAUUGCUAAAAGGGCUUUGAGAGAUUAUUUUUCAAAUGCUUUUGUUUUUUCUUUAUCUCUAUGCAAUUUUUAUUUGUUUGGCUUCAUGAAGCCCAGUUAAUUUUUCAGCAGUGUUUUUAUUUGAAAUUGUCAGUGCUAAAUUUCUAUUUUGUUGAAUUUUUCAUGUGCAAAUAAUUGUUGUAUGUGUAUCAUAUAUUAGUGAUCAAUGUAGGAAAUGUUUUUAAUAAAUGCUUUACAGAUUCUGACAAUGCUAUGAUAAUGAAAAGGGGAAAAAGAUAAAUGUCAAAAGUGCUGGGUUGUUUUUUUUCAUCUGAGUGCAAAGUUAUGUAUUUGCCAUGAAAACAUUGUGUGCACAAUAGGUUAAGCUGCAAGAAAGACAAGGGAAGCUUUGAUAUCACUGUCCAUAUUGCUUAAAACACUCUGCAUUGUUUUAUUAACCUACAGACAAGGAUUUUUCACACGCCCAAAAUCCAUCAAACCAAUCAAAAAGUCUAACCUCAGGGAUUUAUCGAGACCUGCAUGGAGGCUGAUAUCUGGCCCUUUUCUACAGAACAACUCAGGAAAAGAACAAUUCAUUUUGAUGUAAUUCUAAAUAAUGUGAUGGCUUCAUCAAGAUGACUUGUAUUUCACUGAUAACAAGACUAACUCAGAGUAAGAGCCUUGAAUGCUUAAUUUGAAAUUGCUGGAAGAAAUGCAAUAUUACAACAAUGCUAUGAUGCCUCUGAAAUUCAAACGUUUGCCAAAAUCCCAAUUUCAAACAAAAUGACAAUAGUUUCAGUUACGAAUCUUUCACAAAUCCAUGAACCCAAUAGAAGAAACUAAACAUAUUUCUUCAUGUUUGAAACUUAAUAUAGAUGCUAUGGUUUCCCUGCUGGAUAAGUCAAGGGUCUUUUGGCUUAGACAAAUUGCAUGGAGUAUUAUGGACAUAUGGAGUCAUCUCUGUACUGGUGAUGAAGCUGGGUUGGGGGUACUGUAUUGCCAUCAUUGGAUUACUGUUUGGAAGAAAUCUGAGCUCAUAAUAUAUGCUUACAUUAUGUUAUUGUUUAGAUUUGGACAUAGGUAUUUAUACAUCAGUCUUCUGUUGAGCCACAAAGUUCCUUGAGUCAUACAGGUGAAUUAAUUAAAUUGCUGAAAUUAUGAUGGUACAGCUGUACUAUAUAUAGCCUUGCUCAUUACACUGUUAUAGAUCUUUCAUCUUUUGUGGGGGCGGAGGAGUAUACUUAUCACAAUUUGAUCUGUGAUUCAUGUAAAAGGUUUGCUCGUUGUGCUUUUUCUAUUCUUGUCAGGCAGUGGAUGUGGAGUUGUUACAAAUAUGUUUUGAGGGAUGCCACCUUCCUCACAGCGCCAGGACCAGGGAUUCAUAUAUACAGGGAUGUGUAUAUUACCUAUACCAAUAAAGAAGUCAACCGUCA